AUGCCGGCGCAAGUCCGGCUGUCGCGGUGCCGCGUCUUCGCGGGCAUGAGGAAGGGUCGCGCGCCUCGUUGUCUUUCGCUGCUUCCUUCCCCCCAGCUUGCCGUUUCUCACGCUGUCUCUCGCGCGCGCCUCGGCGCCGAGCUGCAAGCCGCGGACGCUUCAAAACGGCGCUCUGAGUGGGACGCGGGAGAGCAUGCGCCUUGGAGCACAUGCAGCGGCGGGACCAUCACCCCCCGGCGCCUCACUUCCUCUCCGUUUUCCGCUUCGCAAGCUCCUCCCAGCGCUGCCGUCUCGCCCGCGUUUUCUUCUGCUUCUACUCGUCAUCCCUCCGCGGCCGCUGCUGGAGUCGUCUUUUCCCCUGCCUCCCGCGUCGCCCUCCGGCUGUCGCCGCCGCGGCUUUCCGGUCCAGUCACGCGUCGAAUUGCCAAGCGGCGCGAGUCCCGGAGCUUCGACCUGCUCCUUCGGCGCCAGGAAAACGAACUGUCUGGCGCGGCCUUUGCUCCGCCCGCGGCCGCGCCAUCGGCGCCCUCCAGCGUCGCCCCGAGGCGCUCCGCCGCGGCCUCAUCCGGCAGUUCAGCUUCCUCCUCUUCUUCUCCAUCAUCCCCGUCUUCUUCUUCUGAGGAGGCGUCCCUUCGGUCCUUAGGUGUCGAGAGUCGCGCAUUUCUGCGCAGAGGCGGCGCGUGGCGGGAGCCGCUGCGCGGCGUGGAGAAGGACGAAGGAGAGAACUUAGCCUCCCGCGCGUUCGCAGACCGCGCGUUGGGCGAUGUGGAGAGCGAAGUCCUUCAGGCGCUGCGCCGAGCUGCGUCGCAGAGAAGGGCGAGCGAUGAACGCCUCCGCGAAGACGCGCGGAGGCGCUCACCCGCGCGCGACGAGCGGAGCCCAGCCGCCAGCGUCCUCCUUCAGACACUCGCCGGCGAAGAAAACCCGGAGCCUCUCGGCUGCGCUCCAGGGUCGAAAUUUACAUCCGGCGCGUCAAAGGACGACGGCAUCUCGCCCCUGCAUGCCCCCUACGCUGCCGCGUCCCACUCUUCUUCGCCUUCGUCCUCCGUGCUCGAGCCUCCUUCUGCUUCUUCUUCGAGCUCUUCAUCAGGUAGUUUGGUUGACUUGUAUCUCUCACACGUCCACCGCCUUCGGCAGGUCGCGCCUCCGCCGCGGGCCUUCACCGAUUUGCACAUCAAGCAUUUGCUGCUUCCCGCCUUCUCUCCCAACGCGCUGGCGCCGCCGGCACAUCCCGCGUCGCCGCUGAGCGCCGUGGAAGACAGAGAUGCGGCGCGGGAGGAAGAACUGCUCGAUGCAGAGGCGACGGGCGAGACGAGCGAUGGUCGCUGUCUCUUGGAUGAGCGGCACGCUGAAGAAGGGGAGACAGAAGAAGCCCUUCCGCCGCGAGAGGAGGCGGAGGCGCGGGGGCGAAGAGGCCGCGGCAGGCGCCUUCAAGCGCCGUCGCAGGCCGCGGAGGAGGGGCUCAGAGAAGGAGCUUCGCGGCAGGGUGAGAGCGGAGUCUCCGUUCUCUCGCAGGCGGCGGUGGAGCGGAGACGCAGCGACUUUUUGACGCUGAGUCGCGGCGGAAGCGCCUGCGGAGGGCUCGACGACGCGGACGUGUCUGCUGCGUGGGACGAGAGCGAAGACAGACUCCGCCUCGAAGAAGCGCAGGCGCAGGUGGCGCUCGAGCGAAGAAGGAAGACUGCCGAGAAACACGCGCAAAUCCUAGCGGCGGAUGUCCGCGUCGCGGGCCUCUCGGAGGUUCAGAGACAGGCCGCUGAGGACGUGGAGGCGUGGCUCGCGCUCCAUGCGGAAAGGAGCCACACAGACGAGGCGAACACGGAAGAAAACCGACCCGUUGGAGCUGCAGGGGUCGCUGCACCUGUCGCCUCGCCGUCGCGCGCUGCGGGAGGCGAGCUGACGCACGACGAGGGUUCGCGUGACGCACGCGCGCCUCAGGGGAGAGGCGGCUCUGCUGAGGCUCGCUCCUCUCUUUUUGAAUGGUCAGCGGAUGGACGGCCUGCGUAUUCCGCGCCUCCUUCGUCUCUCCCUCCGUCUGUCUCAUCGUCGCCUUUUCCCUCACGCCCGGCAGAAGACGUGGGCGCUUCUUGCUCAGCUUCCGAAGGACGCGCGCUGGGCGCUGUCCCGCCGAGUGCGGCGACUGGGUCGCCGCGGCACCUGGCGUCAGGGGAGGACUUCUCUGCGGCGCUCAGCGCGCCCUCUUUCGUGAUGGCUGCCGCCAGUGCCCGUAUGCGCGACCGCCUCGUUUGCGCGGUGUACCCUCGCAACAGAUCGAAUGAAGACUUCGUGCUCCCCUCGUCCGUCUCCGAGCAAGAUGCGGUCCCGCCCUUAGGCGUGGCACGCGCAGAAGAAGAGGCCGAAGCCGCCGCCGGCGAAGAAGACGCCUUCUUGCACUCCGCAUUCUCCGAGGCCCUGGAGGCCGCGGCUCAGCCCGCCACAUCGCUCGCGGCUGGCGAAGUCGCCUCACUGGGAAGGAGACGCCGAGAGAAAGAGUGCGCGUCUUCCGGGCUUCCGGCUGGAGCUCAACGCGGCGGAGGAGACGCUCCGGUCGGAGGCGACGCGGCCGCGGCGCCGCGCCGGAGUGACGAGGCGGGGGCAGGAGAGACCUCCUCCCGGCUUGCGCGGAGAAGACAAGCGCAAGAGGAAGCAGACGCGCGAAGGCGAACGGAAUUCGACGUGGAAUGGGCAGCCAAAUGCGCAGGACUGGCGGGCGCUGACGCUCUGCAUGCCGCCUUGGACAGCCGCGUUCGCGGCCGCCGACUCCACGGGAGAAGAAGCGAGGGAGCGUUCGGUAGAGAGGGAGGAGAAGAACGGAGGGCUUGCGCAGGCGCCGCGGAGGUGCGAGAGUGGGAAAGCCCUGCGUGCGACGAGCCGCCUCGCGCGCCUACGGAGCUUCGAGUUGAAGCGCGCGAAGGCGCGGGAGGACGAGGAGACAGCAGAGGCCUGAGGCGAGAGACGGCCGUCCAGGCAGACAGCCCACACGCGCGGCAGGAGGCGGCCCAAACCGUGGGAACCUCCGGCGCGUCUGCAGAAGAUGUUCGGGGGGGAAGCGCGCGAGUUGGCAGACUCGAAAGAAACGCAGGCGAGAGAGAGAGACAGGAGGAGGCUGAAGACCUCGAUGUGGAGGGGAUCGCGCCCUCCGGACACGAAGGAGCAAGACAGGGCGCCGAGGGACGGGGUAGAAGAAGGAGCGGUGAAGAUAGCUUUUUCCAGGAUGCUUCUUCGGGCGUGCCAAACGACCCCUUCGAGGCGACGCGAGAAAUCAAAAUGAACCAGCCUCUCGUGAAUUUCUGGCGAGAGAAAGGCGCCGCGACCUUCGGCUUAUACAACGAAUGUCAACUCCCCCUGACCACUAAGCUGGGCGCCUUGGCGGCGUACCGGGCGACGCGCGAGAGCGCCGCCGUCUUCGACGUCUCCUUCCGGCGGGUGUGGCUCGUCCACGGCCGCGACCGGCUCGCUGUCCUCGACAUGCUUCUCUCCUGCGACUUGGAGCGAGGCAUGAAGGUCGGCGACGCUCAGUACGCGGCGCUGCUGGACUCGAAGGGCUUGAUUCUCGAUGACUGUUUCGUCGCCAAACUCAGCCGCCAUGUGGAGGUCUGGCUCUCGGGCGCGGCGCCUGCGCACUGCUUCGACUUUGUUGCGCAGUUCAUCAACUACUGCCGGCAGAGUGGACUCGACGUCUCGCUCGCCCCGCUGCCCUCCGCGGCCUGCUGCAUCGCGCUCCAGGGACCACGUGCCUUCGAGAUUUUGGCUGACCGCAUGCAGCGCUUUUCGUCCCGCUCGUUGUCUCUGCACGCGUCGCCUCGUGCGGCCUCUGCUGCGGCCUCAGCUGCGGCUCCCGCGCCCUCUCCGGCUGCGGCGUCUCUGCCUCGCUCACAACGGGCGGCUGCGGAGCCGCGAGGCGAAGCGGAGGACGCCGAGGCGGCGUCGGCUUCCUGCGGAGCGGAAAUGUCUGCCGACGCGGGCGACUCAGAUUCAGCGCGGGAACUCGACAGCCCGCUGCUGCAGAUGCGAAGCGCCUGGCAGACGCCCCUCUCGCUCCAACAGCUGCUGGAGAUGCCCUACAUGACGGCCUUCGAACUGGCUAUUGCGACGCGCACGCAGCCGCGAAACGCGCAUGAGCCGACGUGGCAGCGCGCGACGUGCCUCCGCCUGGGGUCGACUGGCGAAGAUGGAAUCGAGGUCUCCUUCAGCUCCCCAAGCGCAGCUCUGGCCUUCCUGAAGCUUCUCUUCGACGGCCGUACAGCGGCCUCCGCCGAGUCCGCUGCGUCCUCUGCCUCCGCCCUUCCACUGCCGUCGUCUGCGGCGCCUUCGCUCUCCUCCGCGUCCGCGUCGGUGCCGGCGCUCGGCUGUCUGUAUGCACUCGACAUGCUUCGCAUGGAGUCUGGGCUCGCGCGCAUGGGCGUCGACGUGAAGACGCACCACAGCUUGCCGCAGGCAUCGCUCUGCUCACUGCUGUCUCUCUACAAGGUUCGUCGGCGGCUGCUGCUCAGCUACGAGGCGGUUCAGAAGCAGUUCACGCUCGGCGCCAGUGUGCAGCGCGUGGGCAUCCUCGUUGGGAAGCCUGAGCGCCUCUCCUCCGUCGCGGCGUGGGCGCGCGAGGCGGACGAUACCCGCCGCCGUCGCCAGCAGCUCUGGCUCGCGCUACGGCAGCGCGGCGAGCGAACAAGCGCGAAGAAGCCGCGGAGUCCGGCGGCUGACGCCCGCGGCCUCUGCAGCCCGCGCGACGCCGAGAAAGGCGCGGCGGAACCCGAGAGCGACGAGGAAGACGAGCUGCGGGAGUCGCUGCUGGCUGUCGAGGCAGAGGCCGCGCGCGGAUGGCGGGCGGCGCCUCGGGAUCCCUCCCGGGCGUCUGCGGCCUUGCUGGGCGCGUCACUUCUUGUCCCCAAAAUCCGCCGCCGGUCGUCGCUCGCUGAGAAGGGACAGACUAGCGGGCGAGAGACCUACGCGUACUUUCCGUUCCACGGAUGCAGCAUUCUGUCGAAUCCGCAUCGCAGGCCGAUCGGCGUCGUCACCUCCUGCGCGUGGAGUCCGCACUUCAAAUGCCGCUUGGCACAGGGCUUGAUUUUGAGAGAAUUUGCGAAACACAACCAAGCGCUCCUGAUUGCGAUUCCGAUGCCCGUCCCUGAGCACUGGUCUGCGCGGCGACGCGGCCGCGCGCUGCGCAGCAAACAGUUCAGAUGCCUCGUCACCGCCAAGGUGCAUCGUUUCCCUUUCGUGCCUCACAACUAUCCUCAGUCUGAAAGAGACCGCGCCAGGAGCAUCGAGAGGCCGUUUGCGAGGCCGGAAAAGCGAAGAAACAAGCAGUCGUUGGCGUAG